AUGGCGUACUACCCUCACUGUUUCCACAUCUUUUCGCAUGGACAUGUUACAUCCUUUGCGUUUGGUAUUGCUCUGACCCAGAAGAGAAGAAGUUUUGCGCAUGGCACGAAAUUCUCCAUCCAUCGACGAUCGUCAAAACGCCGGUCGAGUCGAGUCGAACUGUGUCAUAAUGUUCCCUCAACGAUAUUCGUAGCAAAUUCCUUCCCGCAAACGGUUUUCUUUGCUGUUGUAAGUGACUUAUUCGGACAUCGCAUCUUCCUUUCCCUAUUGCCAUCCCUUUCUCUUUUCGGAGACAAUCUUAUUCCUGACUAUUCUCAGCAGCGACGACAAAUAAGCUGGUCUGGCUCCUUAUUCUCCGGCCGACGCAAGCCAAAUUUGCCCAAGCCUGUAGACCGACCAUCGACCAGUGAAAUGUCGGGAUUUGGUGAAGUUGAUCAGCGGCGUCCUCGCGCUGUGAGCCACCCCAUUUUUCAUCUGUCACCUCGGUAUAUCUCAGUCCGGUCUUCGUCCGUGCUUCGUCGCACAAACGCUGUGCCGAUUGUGCGGAACGAAGGGGCAGGGUCUUGCAUCUUGCCCCUGUCUACUCCAUCAAUGGACGCCCCUUCCUUGAUUAAUGUGGGAAAUAGCCUCGGUCGUCAAUUCGAAGUUCCUUCGCGUGAGAUGCGCGAAUUCGUCUAA